AUGGAAGCAACAUCACAGCGAUUUUUGUCUCAAAGUUACCUUAACGCUCAAGAAACCGCGACAAGGACAACGAAAAAUUACCUAGCUUCACUCCAUUCAACCCGAAAACAACCUUCAAAGCCUUUAAAGAGGCCUGGAACGUCCCCUUUGAAUCCAAUGCAUCCUCAUGUCUACCGAGUGGAGCCGGUAAACUUCAAAGAGCUGGUUCAGAGGCUAACCGGUGCACCCGAGGCUGUGCAGGCUGAACCGCUCAAGAGUUUGGAUGAUGCAGGGAAGCAGAGUUCUUCAUCUUCUUGGGGAGGUUUCUCAUUUCACAAUCCUGCAAAUCUGUCAAGAUGGUAGUUUACAACAUUUUAUCUA